CGGGAGAGUCACCGUGAGCGUCAUUUCCUGUCGCACACUGAACAUGCAGGCAACGCUCGUCCUGAUCCUUGUGUUUGUGUACGGAGCUGUUUCCCUUAUUUACCCCUACACUGGACCUUGCGGCAUCUGUGGGGAUGAAAUAGACCUGACGAUCAUCGCCCAGAACUUCCUCAAGCCCCCCUUCUUCAACUUCAGCGUGGACGUGCACGGCGAACCCCAGCGGGAAUUCAUCUAUUUCCUGCAGAAGGCGGCAGACAUUGAAGAACGCUUCAGAUUUCAACUUACCUACUUCGGUCCUGUCCUGGGUUAUUUUGUCAACUCAAUAAACAAACUGGAGGGAAAUUAUGCUGCUGAGAACACGUCCUGGAUGUUCACUGAUGUUGACUUCAACACCCAUAAAUUAGGUAUUAGUCACCACAUCCCUAAUCACCAUGACACGAUCAUCUUCUCUUUCACCAACGAGACGUACUCGUAAAGACGUCACCAAAAUACGUCCUGGAAGCUGUUGAAAUAGACAGCUCCGAACUGGACAUUAUCUGAAAACAAUGAAUAAAUAUACUGAAAAUCUGA